CGCUCCAAUCUGCUUCCCACAUCAGUUCACCAAAAAGACUACCAUAAACAACCAACCCAACUUACCACACAAACACACACUACACUCGGAACUACCAAGCUAACUACCCAAAAUGGGCUCCGCCUCUUCCACCGGGGCCGACGACUUCGAGCGUGGCCGGCCGUUGACACGCGCGGGCAUCGACGACGAGACCGGUACAGACAAUACGAACUACAGCCCUUCCCUCUCUUCCCGUGCCGACAGCAAUCAAAUUAUUUCCAGUCCUCCAUAUCUUCCAUCUUCUCCUCGUCCUCACUUUCGAUCUCCCCAUUCUACUUCACCUCGUCCUCGCCCUCGUCAUCGCUCUCCUCCUCGUCCUUUUUCUCGUUCUCCCCUUCCUCGUCCUUUUUCUCGUUGUCCCCUUUCUCUUCGUGCUAGUUUUCCUCCUCGUACGGGCUUUCCAUCAGGUUUCGCCCCCAGUUUCUUUGAGCGUGCCACUGCUGCCGCCAGAGCCGCCAACCUGGCGGCCAACAGCCGUCGUGGCAGCUCACCUAGCUCGUUCGACGAGCGUGAAGUUCCCUCCCCCUCCUCUCGUGACUCUUCUCGACCCUCAGCCCGCUUAGCCCGCUACUCCGCUGCCCCGUCACCAGAUGCCCGCCCCAUCUAUUCUCCCGAUCUUCGAGAUUCCAAUUUACCUUUUCCUUCCUUUCCUCCUCCUCCUCCUGCAGCUAAGCCACGCAACACGGCGCCCUACGGCUUCAAUUAUCCUCCUUAUUCUGCCUCCAACAACAAUAACAGGAACCAACACUCGGCAUUGCCGGAGUGCUUGAUUGCAGACAAGGAAUGCUGGCGGGCGUUGGAUCCGUCCAAAACGGGGGCGAAGGAGGGAUUUGGACGUCCCAAUUUUGACGUGUGGGUGGAGAAGGAGUUUACGAGCGUUGUGCUGUGUGUGGCGGAUAAGAGGAACAAGUGUAGGGGGGUCAUAGUGCGGUACAGGAUUGAUGAGAGGAUGCAUGAGGUGAAGGAGGCGGAGGGACUGGAUCUUGAUUUGGGGUUCGAUGUGGGUACGAGUGGGAAGGGGGCUCCGGUUUGGAAGAAAGGGGUGCUGGGGUUGAAGGUAAUUGACUUUUGGAGGCCGGGAGUGGGGGAUAAGGAGUUGCAGGCUGCGCUAGGAGAGACAACUAGUGAUGUCUUUGGACUACUCGAGGACGUGGAUGCUAUUCAAAUUCACGGUGGCGCGGGGCCGUCGAUGAGCGGGAAUGUGGAGUAUCCGAUCGAUGCGAGAAUGAGAAGGUACUUGGACAUGGAGGAGAAUGUCCAAAGGCUCGCGAUGGAGCUGGGGUAUGAGCAAGUAAGUGAGGAGCAAAAGCCAAUGGGUGUGCGGUGGGUGUUGGAAUUUCCGCGAGACGCGUUGGACGACUUAUUCAGGAUUAUGGACAAGUUGUCGAGGAACAAGCUUGAGGAGAAAGUAUGGAAGGAGAGGGAGAGGAAAAUCGAGUUUGAAAGGUGCGCAGAGGAGGAAGAAUUCAAGGUUGUCAAUGAGGCUGGCGCCGGCGGAACAAAGUAUGUGGAGGAUGCGGGCGUGACUGCGGAUUUGAUGGACAUGGCCCUGCUUAAUGAGAUGGAACGACGUGGCUUCCAAGAGGUCCGCACCAGGGCCGACGACGCCAGACGCAUGCCGAUAUCUACAGGUGAUCUGCCGGUCCGGAACAGUGGAGGCGGCUUGGGACCAGUGCUGUUUUCUGCUAGCCCCUCGCCGUCGGGCAGCGUGAACUCUGACACGGAUCGCAGCAUAGUGCUUCCUUGGGAGGAAAACCCCGGGUUGCGUGGGAGAGCUAUCUUGCGAUACAUCGAGAGAGAUAGCCCAGAGUCUGGGGAGGUGGACGGAACCCGGUCGGAAGACGCUAUCCCCGAGCAGUCAACCAUGUUGGAGCACAAGGAGAGCACCAGUCCAAAGCCCGGCCAGGAGGAGGAAAGCAGGUCGGAAGGCGACAGCAUGUCUAGCCCGGAAAUCGCAACACUCUUCAAGGACGAGCAGUCUUCGGAUGAUGAGAUGUUUCCAGAUGAAGAGUCUUCCUCGGAAGACGCCGACGACGAGGGAGACAGAUAUCACCUCUCUGGGUCUAAUAGUCCGGAGAACAAGCCGACUCUUGUUGAAGGCGUCGAUGUCGAUGCCGAAAAAGCUGGGGGUUCUCUUGAUGGAAACAAGGAUGUCGAUGUCAGUGUCAGGCCUGUUUAUCCUUCCGAUGAGGAUUCUCCUCAUGAUGACUCCUCGGAUGAUGAAUGA